UUACAGUGUAGGAGGUGAAGUGUCUGUUUUAUUUCUCAGAAUGCCCGCAGUCAUUCCCCCGACUCGAAAGCUACGCGCCUAUCAAUAGUCUCUCUUCAGCACCACCCUUCAUCCCAACCUGCCCCGCUCGUCUCGAAGGAUACAGGGGAAUGACGCAGGAGGAUAGAAGGAAAAACUGCGCCGAACCUCGAAAGAAGGAUUGGGUAGGGGGUGCUGCAAUAAGACAAAUUAUAUACACCCAAUUGUAAGUCACGGAUCAUCCGUUCCCUAGAACUGAGACCGAAGCACGUCCUGUCUGGUCAGAGGACGUGGAAGCCAGACUCACCUGUUAUCUAUUUUACGCAGCCACCCACGAAUCUUUUGAUGGAUGCGAAUCGAAUUUGGACAAUUAUUUGAGGUAGGCAAAGGUUAGAUAUUCGUGUUGACUUUUAUUACCGUGACCAGUAGACAUAUCCUUCCUCGAGUCAAUUGAACAGGUCUAAACCUUGAAGCAGGUGCAGGCCACUCCAUCGGUAGAAUUAGAAAAUAAACUAAUUUAAUUGAUACCCAUUUUGACAACGUGUUUUUUUCUUCUGCGACCCCGGAUUGAUUCAUUUCCAACUGAUCCUUCUAUUCAAAUGGACAAAUAGGUUUGGUUAUAGGCUAUUGGUAGGUUAAUUCAUCCAUUGUUAAUUUGCAUCAGAGGGGAGGGUUCGCCAUAUACCUUUUCGUAUACUUUUUUGAUCUUCAAUAUGAAUUACCUGCGUCGUCGGCUGUCGGACAGCAAUUUUAUGUCCAAUUUGCCCAAUGGGUACAUGACUGACCUACAACGCCCUGACCCGCCUCAGCAAGACCCUGCAAUAGUGUCGCCUGGACCACCAGAGAGGCGUAUGUCUACCAACCAGCAAUCUGAGGGCACUGGAAGCGGAGCCGGAGCUGGCUUUUUAUCCUCCUUUACUAAAGCUGUCAAACAAACCACUGCCGCUGUCGCUGAGAAAGUCACCGAGGUAGCAGACAAAGCAGGCGUUGCCUCUGGUGCCAAGAUACUCCUGGUUAUUGAUGACCAACAGACAGACUGGGUAAAGGUCUUCAAAGGUAAAAAGGUUCAUGGUGAAUUCGACAUUAAGGUGGAACAGGCUGACUUCUCUGAAAUCAACUUGAUAGCUCAUGCUACGGGGGCCUAUAGUGUUGAUAUAGACGCAAUCCGGAAUGAAACCAAGGUCACCAAAUGUUUCAGGCCUGACUUUGUGCUGGUUAGACAGCAUGCCUUCAGUAUGGCCAAGAAUGGAGACCACCGACACAUAGUGAUUGGGUUGCAGUAUGCUGGUCUCCCAGGUGUAAACUCUCUGCACUCUGUCUACAACUUCUGUGACAAGCCAUGGGUGUUUGCUAAUAUGGUGAGAUUGUACAAACAACUGGGACCAGAGGAAUUCCCACUGAUCGAGCAGGUUUACUAUCCCAACCACAGGGAAAUGAUCACCACUCCUGGUUUCCCUGUGGUGGUGAAAAUGGGCCACGCCCACUCAGGGAUGGGGAAGGUGAAAGUGGACAAUCAAUAUGACUUCCAAGAUAUUGCCAGUGUUGUUGCUCUGACCAAGACCUAUGCCACAUCUGAACCUUUCAUUGAUGCAAAGUACGAUGUCCGCAUCCAGAAGAUUGGAGACAAUUACAAGGCCUACAUGCGGACAUCGAUUUCAGGGAACUGGAAAACCAACACUGGUUCAGCCAUGCUGGAGCAGAUAGCCAUGUCUGACAGGUAUCGAAUGUGGGUGGACUCCUGCUCUGAGGUGUUUGGUGGUUUAGAUAUGUGUGCUGUGGAGGCUCUGCAUGGGAAAGAUGGCAAGGAUUACAUCAUAGAGGUGGUGGGCUGCUCCAUGCCCCUGAUUGGAGACCAGCAGGAUGAAGACCGUGCACAAAUUGCAGAAUUGGUUGUCUCCAAAAUGAACCAGACAGUCCCACACAUUGCAAGUCCCUCUCCUGUCCGCCCCACAGCUGCACAGCCCGCACAGAAAGCUGCAUCCCCCCAGCCCAUCUCACAACCCAAAGUGCCACAGGCUCAGCAACGCCCUCCUCCCCAAGGUGGCCCACAACAAGCCCCCACCAGCAGUACCGCCCCUCGCCAAGGCUCCCCCUCCCAGCAGCGCCCCUCACCCCAAGGCCAGUCCCCUGCCCAAAGCUCCAACACCCAGAACCCCUCUGCCCAGGCACCACAGCAGGCCAGACAGGCCAGCCCAGGAGCUGGGGCCCAGCAGCGUCCCCCAGGGCAAGGGCAGAAACCCUCCUCUGGUCAGGGCUCCCCCCAGAGAUCCAUGAGUCAGGGUGGCUCCCCUCAGAGCCAGAGGCCACAGCAGUCAGGACCCCAGCAGCAGCAGAGACCCCCCCCUGGAGGCCCGGGCCAGAAGCCCACAGGGGGCCAGCCCCAGCAGAGGCCCCAGCAGAAGCCAGGUCAGCCCGCCAGGCAACAGUCCCAGGGAGGAGGUCCCCAGGUCCCACAGCAGCAGAGGGCUCCAGCCCAGCAAGGUCGCCCCGGGGCCCCUACCACUCAGCAGCCCCGCCCUAGUGCCCAGGGCCAGGGAGGCCCCGGAGGGAAACCCCCUCUGCAGCAGAAACCCCAGCCCCCACUGAAGCCCAGCCAUGACCACCCUGCUAUGGGAGCCACCCCUCCACUGAACAAGUCCCAGUCUCUUACCAAUGCCUUCAACAUUCCAGAAACCCCAGCCCCGCAGGCCAGCCUUAGCCAGGAUGAGGUGAAGGCUGAGACCAUACGCAACCUACGCAAAUCGUUUGCCAGUCUCUUUUCAGACUGAGAGAUGGAGUAAGCCCCCUUCCCACACCGACAGAAAGACAGACAGACUGAAAGACAGACCCUUCCCCGCCAAUGCGCAAAGGACCAACAGGACUUCACCUCACUAUUAUGGACAUUGAUGUACAUUGAUGUGAACAUUCAUUAUAAAACAUCCACUGCCUAUACAUUUCAAGACCACACAUAGAGUGUAAUACAGCUAGGUUUGUUGGUGUCAGUCUGAAACAUUCCUAGUCACCUUCAGAUUCAAAAUUAUUUGUACACACACACACACACACACACACUUCUCUUGUUGUUGCACGUGUGUUUAAAUUUCUGAAAAAAGGGUGAAGAUUCUUGUCCCUUUAUAGAUUGUGUUGUUAUAUAAUGGGACAGUGGCUGUUUGUAUGGUAUGUAUUGAAAGAUAUCUGCUUGGUCAUCCUUUGAUCAUUUUGAAUGUUUUUUAUGCUAAUAGUGGGAUCAAUACACUGGUAAUCUUCAUUAAAGGGUUGCCAGUUUUCUGUUGUUACUGUAAAAUCAUAGUGACACAUUUGACCAACUUUUGGUUGGCUCUCAAAUGAACCAUCACUAAACCAUCACAGUAGGUCACUUCAUUGUUACAGUAAAGCAACACUAUAGCUGUUUGAGCUACCCAUUUAUUCUAAGUGAUGUUGCUUUAGAUGCAUGUCAAUAAAGGAGGUAUGGUUGCAGUUUCAACCACUCACUUUGGCGCUUGUAACCGUGUUGUCACAUGUAAUUAGCUAGAGUAGUUAGCAUUGCAAAAGUAUAUGUUGUUUUUGUGAGAAUGCCGUUGCUGCCUCCCUCUCCCUUCUCCUGUUAGAUUAGGACAAAACCCCAAUAGCACUCAUCUUGGAAAACAUGCCUUACACAGACACAGAGUUCAGUCAGAUCAAAUGGUAUUGUCUCAGGGAUGUCCUGGUGAUUGUGACACACUCGUGUCAGGAGUCAGGUCUUCCAUACGUUGCACUGUAAUUAGGAUAAUGAUCUACUGCAAAUGAUAGCAAAAGCAUGUGUUUUUAUUGAGGUAGAAUGUAUUUGUUAUUUGAAAUUAACCAAGAGAUGUUUAUUUUAAUUUUAAUGUCAGUUUGUCAGAUUGCAGAGACACAGCCGUCUUAGUGCUCUAUUUUACCAGCCCACAAGGGCCUGGAAUGCUGCUGUCUCUGUGAGUGGAGAGUGUCUGGGUGCCUGUGCUGUCUGUCCCCUGGUUCCCAACAGGGUCACAGCUUGUGAGCAGGAGGCCUAGUCCAAUGAAAUGCUCAGCCAAGGAAUGUCCCAUGGAUCAUGUAGGCAGUGUAAAAUAAACACACUGGGAUUCCCCCUGUGGGAUAUAGCACUGCAUUAUACUUCUGUUUGAUUUUCUACUCAUAACACUUUCUCCCCAAAAUAUCAAUCAAUGACCCCUUUGAUAAUUGGUCAGAAAAAGAGCCCAUUGCUGAGACCUCUUUCAAGGGCACUAAACAUGUCUUCCAAAAAGAGUGUGUUCCAUGUCAACAUGGCAAUAUGUUGUUUUGGAGCCAAUUUCGGAAAGUCCCAACCUCCUUGCAGAACCCUGUGCAUCGGCCCCUUUGUGUAUCCACAGUGACCCCUUGUGAUAGGUGGUGCAUAAACGUGUUCAUGUUGUUCUGUAAAACUGUCAAACCAAAUAGACUUGUUGUAUAGAUAGUGACAUACAAAUUAUGCAGAUUCGUCACGCGCACCCCCCCCCCCUGCUGACGUGCUUGUUAAUAUUUUGUGUGUUUUCAAUGAAUACUUGUGGAUGUUGGUUGAUUUUUGGCAUUUCUGUCAUUCAUUUUUGGGGAUUACGCCCUUUUUAGUACUGGCAUUUAUGGUCAUGGAUUAUUUCUACUUUUUGAAGAAGCUUUUUAACUUCAGUUUCUCUUCUAUUCAGGAUUACAUGUCUUUGUUUUUUUGAAUGUCUAUUAAACUUCUUAUAAUAGGACUCAAUGUAAAUCAUAACACAUGCAAACAGAAUUGUCAUGGUAUACCAUUUUGUGUGGAUCACAGAAACCUCAAAUGAUACCCCCUACAAAUCUGUGAAAUUGACUUGUCUAGAUGAAGGCGUGAUUGGCAUGCAUUGUUACUGUUUUACUCUGCCCUCUGCCUCUGCUUGUAACAGAGUGGUAUGCUCUCCCUCCUAUAACUCAUAGCUAUGUUUGGAGUUAUAAUCCUCCUGUGGGUUAUACAUUGGGGUGAUAAUUACAACAAUCUUGAUGAAUCCUAUUUGUUGACCUUCAUUAGACGUGUUUGUUGACGUGGUACAUGUUUCUUUUAAAUGUUUACAUUCUUUUUAAUGGAUAUAUUUGAAUGUAUGUUUACAAUUGGUAGGCUAUGCCUUUUUCCUUUGGUAAAGUGGUUUUCCUGUUUUCUAAAUGCAGAUGUUUUUAUUUUGGAAAGGUUUUAUCUGUUAUCUGCACUAUGAAUUUCUGUGAAAUUGAUUGUCAAUAUUGAUGCCUGCCAGAUGUAUAAAAUAAAUCUGUAUAUGUAUCUAAAAUAAACAACAAUGAAGAGGAAAUAUUAAAUAUAUUGUAAAUCAUGGUGGAGUGUUAAAAUACAUGUAGAAACGUAUAGUUGAUGUUAUUUGCAAUGUAGCUGAAUAAUUAUGUGAAAAUUACUAUGCUAUCAACAUGUGCACAUAUUCAAUAAAGUUCAAGACCAAUAGUAA